AUGGAACAUUCUGCUGCGUCAGCGCAGACCGAUGUUCACAAACGGAUUGUGUCCAGGUCGCUGGAUUUCCUGGCUCGCAUGGACUCUGCUCAAGCUGGCCGUUGGGAGCAGUUUUUGCCAGAUUGGGUUGCGGGAGUCAGUAGCCCGAAUGGCCCUGGCUGCAUUGACUUGAAGGCGGACAUGGUGGACAACCUCGAGAGCGCAGGUCGCUGUGAUCCCUCGCUGAGCCUUGCGGACAACAUCCGAGAGGUGGUUGAGACUGCUGCGUCCAUGUUUCCAUCACCUCCUGAUGGUCUAGACCGGUUUCCAGCUUUCUCUACAGGCAGUCGGGUUGAGUACGUACAGCAUGUUCGCAACCAGCUGCACUGUGGUAAGCUGGGGUUGAGCGACCAGAUCUCUGGCGGCGGCACCAUUCUGGCAGUGGGCAAGAAGGAUUCUGGCAAGCAACGCGAGGCACUUGGCGUCGCCCUGUGCCUUGGUGCACUUGGAAGCCAAGGCGUGAGUUAUGCGGAGAUAGAGCGCUGCUUGGAGCCGCAAGCAGAUGCAGCGGCACGUUGGCUGUAUCCAGUGUCGCAGAUGUGGCUCAUGGUCAAGCUACGUUACCCAAGAGACUUGAGCAUGGUCUUUGCUGCAGCCACCGACGACGUCAUGAUCUUUAGCAACGCCGGUCCGGGUGUCACAGCUGCAGCCGCUGAACGCUUGGACGAAGCUAUUGUCUCCCACGGUGUGCUCAAGAACGCCGCCAAGGAUGUCACAGACUGCCUCAAUGCCACGUGCGUAGGGGUCAAUUUGGAGAACGGCGUGCAGUGGGCCGUUCCUCCGGAAUGCUGUUUAGCCUUGAUCGUGUGCGCAACAGAGCUUGCUGCUCGCAAGGAGGCAUCGCCGGAGCAGGUUCUCGAGCUGUUGGGCUGCCUCCGGUGGUAUGACUUGCUGCGAAGACAGCAAUUGGCCGCGUACCAGCAAGUCUACAAGUUCACAAUGCACGCUGACUCUCACCAGCAACCUGUACCAGGGGAAGUGAUAGAGGAGCUGUUGCUGGGGACGCUCCUGGGAAUUUUCUGGCUAACUGACCUUCGAAAGCCUACCCUGGACCUCAUAGCAGCUUCUGAUGCCUCCACAGUUUUUGGGCUUGGAGCCUCUGUCGCCAAGAUGCCGGCUGAUCAAUUGCGGCGUCUGAGGCGUCUUGCAGAGAAGCAGGGUGACUACGUCUUCUUGGAGGGAACUCCGCUGAGCCAGCUUCCAAAGCGUCUUGGGCAGGCGCAUUGUUUGGGACUGAAGCGGGAAGACUUCGUGCAUGUUUUUUCUGUCAGAAAGCCACAGGCCGAAGCUUUUGUGUUGCUGCUGCGCUGGAGCCUUCGUUCCCGUUCACGACAUGCUUCCAAAGUCGUCAUCAUUCUGGACUCAGCAGUGUGGCUUGGUGCUGCGUCCAAAGGCAGAUCGUCCACCAUCCUGAACUGCUUGCUGCGACGGGCAGCUUCCUUGGAGAUGGCCGCUGACUUGACAGUGCAGCUCAUACUCGUGACUUCUGCUGAGAAUCCCAAUGAUGACCCUUCGCGAGGGGUUAGUAGAAGUGCCCUCAUCCAUCCAAGUCUUCCGGAUCACUUGAUUGAUUGCUCGGAGUGGGAUGUGCAGUUUGACUAUGUAGAUGUGCGUCAACUGUAUCAAGGGUACAAGACGCCCGUGUUGAGGGGUGACUGCGUCCUGACGCCGGUGUGGCUACUCGUCGGCUGGUGCCUUCUACGCUUGGAGGUGAAGAGGCAAGAGGCUGGAAUUUCCAUUGACCACGCGAGAAGCAAGAAGUGUGCAGCAAAAGCACCGCGGAAGCAAAUGGGUCUGCAGGGCCUGCAGCCGAUUGCACUAAGAUUUGUCCCUGACUGCCGGGUGUUGCGUAUUGGGAGGGCGAGUGGUGCAUACCAAAACGCCUACAAAGUCGUGUUCCUGGCCUGGGUGGUUCUCGUGCUGGGCUGCUUCUGCCUUGUCGCACGGCUCAAGAUGGGCCGCCAGUGCGUGGAGGUUGCAGCGCUGAGGCGUUUCUCCCCGGAGUUGGCCCGCGUGACGGUGCUGGCCGCGGCUGACGCUGCUCCUGUGUUGCUUUGCUCCGUGGCCAGUCUGGCCCUGGAGGUAGACAGCCUUGCUGCAGCGGUGGGCUCUGCCACCUUUGAUUUGCUGUGCGUUUUCGGUGCAACUUGUGCUUUUGGCAGUGGACAGACGAGGUACGCUAUGCUUGACAUUGCCUUCGAGAUGUUGGCCAUUGCCGAGAUUGCCCUCAUGGAGAGUUUGAGCACUGGCUCACAGGAACUCGGAGAUGGGAAAGGAGAUGGGAAAGGAGGACUUGUCGGAAACGUCCGAGACGUCCCCCUCUGGGUGCAGUGGGCACUCUUCUCAGGGACCUACGGCGCCUACCUAUGCGCAGCACUCCUCGUGCCCGGCGCGCCCGGCUUUCCUGUUCACGCGCCUGUGCCUGGUGCUCCCGGUGCCGCUCCCUCGAGGCCGAGAGCGUUGGGAUGUGCUCGUGCUUGUGACGCUUUUGACGAGGGAUAUGAGGUCGCAAACGAAGGCCAUGCGAGACGUAUCCGGGUGAGCAGGCCCACACGAUUCCGAGAGGCACUUGCGACCUGUGAGGCGGAGUUCAGGCUCGAGGAGCUCACGGACACCCAGGAUUUGCGACGGCGGAGGCGCCAACAUCUUGCGAUGGUGAGCCGAGCUGCAGGGAUUGUCAGCCUUGCCGCGAUUCUUUGCCUUCUCCUGGACAGCAUGAGUCGUCUCUGUUGUGUGGCCGGUGCACCGCCUGGCAUCAUGGCCUUCAUUGUUCUUGCGGCUGGACUCCGCAUGCCUCGACUGCUGGAUGCAGCGAGAGCCGCCAAGUGCUUGAACAACGUGGAGAACGUGGAGGUUCCGAAUCUUCCGAGCAGUGUGUGUUCACUGCUGCUUGCCGGGGCCCUGCUGCGUACCAAGAAGGAGGCGGACUUCCUUCGCUUCGAGUACCUGGUGGUGCUUGUGGGUGCCCAGCUGCUGUACCUGCUGGCACUCCUGCUCUUGGGGCGAGGAUUGAGCCGGGGAGGACGGCUGUCGGUAAGUUUCCUGCUCUUCGCCAGCUACCUCCUGUGCCUGACUUGGGUCCUCGCACGGUUCUACUCGGAGUACUCGGGGCGCGCUUUCAGUCAGAGAGCUUUAAUCUGA